UCCAACACAAAUAUUUACGUCCUCUAAGUAUGAUUCCCUCUAUUUCUUAUGGACAUUGAUUGUAUAAAUUGAAAUCUACACGAUUCAGUUCUAACUAAUUUAUUGAUUGCUCGAAACUUUCUGUAACCUAAGAAAAAUCACAGACUGCACGAAAUUAUCAUGAUGUCAAACUCAAAUUCCAAUACACAAUUAUUAAGUUACAUGCUCUUACUUAUUCUUUAUGAUCAAUUCAUUACUUUGUUAAAAGAAAGAUAUGUAAAAAGCUAAAUAUUAACAAUAAAAUGCAAUCAUUGCAGAAAAAAAAUUAUGUAACCCACUUUAGCGCAUUUUGUUUUCCUGCAAAGUCAUUACAUGUACUUUCAUAUCCUGUAUGAAUCACCAAAGAUAGCAUUUUAUUGUUUUAAAUGCUGUAUUUUAUACAUGUAGCUGCAUGGUCACAUUGAAGAGCAGUUUAAACAGUUCAGAUUUGUGUUUACCUGAUCACUGUCAGAGUCAGAUUCCGAUGAAGAAAUGAAUUCUUUGGACUUUGGCAUCUGUAAGCAAGAUUUAUUGAAGACAUAAUUCAAGAUGUGCACGAUGCAACUUCCUGGAUGGCGCUGAGUCUGUUUUCAAGUCGACAUCAAAAAUACAAAGGAGGCACUAAUGGAAGAUGAAAAGAGUGGACAUUUUAAAAGUUAAACUACAUCUAAAAAUUAGAAGGAUGGAUGCGUUUAUUUCUAUAGCAACAGCUAGGUCGUACUGCGUAGAUUUUAUGUUAAGUCAUGCAUGUGUGAAUUACUGUACAAUCAACGUAAGAAAUAGAGGAAACAUAAGUAUACUUAGCAGAUGUAAAUCAUACAUAAUUAUCGAGACGUUUCCCUUUUCUCUAAAGUACACCCGUUACAAUUGCAAAUCAAACGCACAGGUGCUCGUGGACAGCAAUACCCCCUCCCUUCCCCGACUUACCCCCCCCCCCCCCCCCCGGGGUAGUUGACUUUUUUAAAUAUAAUAAUAAUAUUUCAAUAUAAUCUAAAAAUGAACGGAAAAUAAAUGAUUAACGACACCCCCUCCCCCAUUACAUAUAUAUGCAGGUUGAGAUUGUUUAAAAUGGGAUUUUUUUCAAUUAUUUUUCAAAUAUUUGAUAUGAAAAAUGUUGUGUACAUCACUUUAGAGGAAUUUCUAUCAAAAAAGCUUCAACUAAUCGGGGAAGGGGGAAUCCUGUCCUCUUGAAAGCACCUGUGAUCAGAGGAUGUUGUUCUCAGUAAUUUAUGCGGUCCGUCAACCCGAAUUUUCCGUGGAGCUAUACCUCCAGUCAAUAAAACGUAUAAAUGUUGAAACAAUAGGUAUAAAAAUCUACGUCUUUUAUCCCCAUUUCCAAACACUCAAAACCCGAUCGGAAGGACCCUUCUUUUGAGAAAAAUGUUAUCAAGAUCCGUACCGUUCCACAAUAAUUAAAGUUAUAUACAUGUCUAUUAGUAACAACACCAGAUUUUAUUACCAAAAUUUAUUGGGGUACAAGACCUUAACAUCUAUCGCGCAAUUUGAAAUUUCUUUUAGGACUUCGGCGUUAUGUCUCGUUUUACAUCUUUUUACCUAUCUUUUCCACGGUUGAACACUCAAACAAAUUGACAUUAGAUGGGAUUUAAAAGCAUGUUACAGAUCUUCAUAUGAACGUUAGGCGCGUGCACCUGAAAAAAAAAGAUGUCAAUUUAACGGCGGCUUUGUGGGUGAAAUAAUACCGAGUUUAUUCCGUACUCUUUGAGUAUUCUGCAAACAUAAACGAAAUAAACCGAGGCUCUAUGAUGGUUUUGUGUGGUGACAAUGACAUAAAUUCUUUCACGUAGAUAUGACAAGUUGAAGGAAUUAUAUUGAAAAGUUAUCUUUGUUUAUUGUUAGUCUAAAUCUUAGUCGGCUUAAGCCGAUGUGUCUGCUGAAUAGACGAGUGCACACGAAGUUCUGGUAAUUAAAUUCCGUUCGCGGUAGAAAACUGUUCCAUCGUUCGAAGCAGGUGAAUUAAAAUGUUGUUUUUAUGCCUCGGUGUUUAACAGGAAACGACUACGUUUGCUUUAAUACCUGGUCUAUAUAGGAGACAUGCUCAAAACCAAAAUAUCGGGAGAAAUCUCGAGUUAAUGUGCUAGCCAUGUCAAACGAAGAAAGCUGGGUUUUCUAUUACAAGAAGCAACAAACAAUUCCCAAUAUAGAUCGCAUGCCCAUUCAUCACUUGAGCUGUCCACAGGAGAAGAAGCGGGUUAUACGGGUGUCCAACAAGAACAAAAGCCGAGAGGGAGACAGGGAGGAGAAGGAGAACGAGCGCCGGGUGUCGGGCUUCCAUAGGAACCGUUUAGACUCGGACCAGCUGGACCUGGAGCUCCGGGUCUCCGACACAGACAGCGAGAAAGAAGAUGGCAAUGAAGAUGAAAGUAGUAAGAUUAGCCAACAGGUGUACGUGAAUGCAUGUAAGCAUCUCCACGUGGCACCAGGUAAAAAGAUCCUGCGCAGUCUAAGCUCUACACAGAUGUCAGCGAAGGAGCGGAUCGUAAAUACAAAGGAGGUGGAAACCAUUGCUUAUGCGCUUACGACAAACAAUUCCGUAACGUCUUUAGACUUAUCCGGAAAUAAUAUUGGCCAUAAAGGUCUCCUAGAUGUACUGCGCAUGCUUGAUGAAAAUACCAGCAUCACAUAUCUUAAUAUUUCACACAAUAAGCUGGGUUCCAAAGCUGUGCUUAUUCUUCGUGAUCUAAUCUCUAGUACCAAGAAAAUUUUAACCCUGGAGGCUGCUGGUAACGACUUUAACGAUAAAGAUGCGGAGCAGAUAGCUGAUGGAAUCAGACAGACCAACACCCUGAGGUCAUUGAAUCUAAGUCAGAACGCCUUCCAGGAGCGAGGGGGAGAGGACAUAGCAGGUGCUCUGGAGGAAAAUAUGUCACUAAAGGAGCUCGACCUAAGCUGGAACCACUUACGACUGGACGGUGCAAUAGCAGUGGGGGCGGCUUUGUCUACGAAUUCCACGCUUCAAGCCCUGUAUCUGGCAUGGAACGGUUUCUCUAACUGUGGGUGUCGGGAGAUAGGCACUGCCCUACAGACCAACAGUACACUGGAGCUCCUGGACCUCAGCAACAAUAGGGUCGGACUGGAGGGGGCCAAGUGGCUCGCCAAGGGACUCAUGCUCAACUCAAAACUCAGGCAUCUCAUGCUGAAUAUGAAUUCACUGACCACGCUUGGAGCAAAGACGAUAUUACUUGCUAUCCGUGAUAACCCAGAAAGUGCAAUAGACACACUUGAGUUGAAGGAAAUUCCUGUGUUAGAAGAGGCAAUUGGCAUCAUAGACGAAUUAAAAUCUUGCCGGAAACGAUUCGUGGUGGUUCAUGACGUCACAGUGCUUUCGGAGGAUUUCCUCAGUUGUGUUGACUGUCCAGUGAAGCCUCAAAAACAGAAAGCUCACAAAAAAUCCACCAAAUCCAAAAAGAAAAGCUGAGAUUUAGCCAUAGAUAAUUUGUGUAGUUGCUCAAGUACGAAGA